GUCACCGUUGCUAAAAUUCAAAAUAGAAGUCCUAAGAGAGGGGCAUUUUAGUGAUUAUCCACUGAACCAUGAAGCGUGGCAUCAAACCAAUAGGAACCAACAUCUUUACUGUGUCCUAUCUACAAUAUAUUCCCAAUUUUGCAUCUCAACAGUUACUCAUAUUACCACUCACAGCCACUGUCUCUCCACCGUCAAACUCAACCUCCCCGUUUUCCGGUCUCUCUCUCCCACGCGCUUCAUGCUCCUACCUUCUCCACGCGACGUUGGCGUUUUCUAGAGGGUGGUUCUUUUUUUUUUAUGUCUUUAUGACAAUGUCGUUUAGUUCUAGAGACGAGCGAUUUGUUUUUCUUGCUGAGAUUUGAACUUUGUGAGAGAUUCAGCCACUUUCUUUCUUUGUGGCUUUUGUAGAGUUCUCUGGGUAGGAAAUCGUGGUUGUCUGUGUUUCUCUGUUAGGUGAGCGAGAAACUGUUAGGUUUUUCUGUUGGAAAUUUAGGGUUCCUGUAGUUUGGAUUGUGGGGAUGAAUAGGGGUUUCAGGACUCAGGAGUCGCAAAUGCACUCUGCGCUGAAGCGGAGGGAGCAGCAAUUUGGGGGUUUUAGAACUUCAGUGAUGAAGGAUAAGGAGGAGGAGCUAGCAUUGUUUCUGGAGAUGAAGAAACGGGAGAAGGAACGGAGUGAUCUUCUUCUUAAUGGCUCUGAGGAGUUCGAUGCACCUCUCGGGUUGAAUGCCAGCUCAAAUCCCAUAUUUAACAUUUCUUCGUCUACACCGGCUCCUGUGAGAAAGACUGGUGUUGAUGAUUUUCUCAAUUCGGAGAAUGAUAAGAAUGACUAUGACUGGCUUCUCACUCCUCCUGGUACUCCUCUUUUCCCUUCUUUGGAAAUGGAAAGUCGGAAGACUGUUAUGAGUCAGCUUGGUACUCCAACCACACGUCCUGUAGCAUUAAAAUCCAGGUUAGCAAAUCAUCAGUCAGAGCCUGCUGGGAGGACUAAUUUUGUAUCUAAACAACCUGCUUCUUCUCCUGGGUUGAGCUCUUCAAGUGGGGGAACCAGGAGGCCUUCAUCAUCAGGGGGUCCGGGAUCACGACCUGGAACUCCUUCUGGGCGCCCUACACUAACUGCAUCUUCAAAAUCAUCAAGACCUUCAACACCUACACGGUCCACCUUACCUUCAACUAGGUCCAUGGCAGCUGCAUCCAAGAACACAGUUUCCACAACCAAGCCUGCAGUUUCUACCUCAAAGCCUUUGAGUUCUGCCGCUAAGACUCCAGUCCCAGCCGCUAAAUCCACAAUUCCUUCAAGAUCCUCUACGCCCAUGUCAAGAUCUGCUGCAAGAUCUUCUACGCCUACUAGCAGACCCACUUUACCUCCAUCCAGGUCCACAUCAAGAGCAUCUACCCCAACCCGGCGACCCUCGUUACCAUCAAAUGAACCCAUCAUAUCUGCUUCUUCAGUUAAAGCUUCUUUGAGCCCCAAGCCAAGUACUGUGACGUCAAGGCAGCCAACUCCUCUGACAACAAGAAAGCCAGUUCCUGUGAACUCAAGGCAGCCAGCAGUACCAUCCCGUGGCAGUUCACCAACAGUGAGAUCAAGACCAUGGAAGCCGUCUGACAUGCCAGGCUUUUCACUUGAUGCCCCACCUAAUUUGAGAACAACAUUACCUGAUAGGCCUCUGUCAGCAACUAGGGGCAGACCUGGCGCACCAACUUCUCGGUCUUCAUCUGUUGAGCCUUCUUCUAGUGGAAGACCCAGGCGACAGUCAUGCUCUCCUUCAAGAGGACGGACUUCCAAUGGUGUUGUUCAUAUCAGUGGAAACUCUAUGCCGGCAGUUAGUCGUGGGCGCUCCAAAGUAAAUGACAAUGUCAGUCCCGUUGUAAUGGGCAACAGAAUGGUUGAGAGGGUAAUAAAUAUGCGAAAACUAGCACCGCCAAUGAUUGAUGACAAAAACUCUCCGCGUAGUAAUCUGUCCGGCAAGUCAACCUCAUCUCCAGAUAGCUCAGGUUUUGGAAGAACACUUUCAAAGAAGUCGUUGGAUAUGGCGAUUAGGCAUAUGGAUAUAAGGAGAACCAUUCCAGGCAAUUUACGGCCAUUGAUGACAAAUAUUCCUGCAUCUUCUUUGUAUAGCGUGAGGUCUGGAUCUCAUCAUGGCCGAACAAUCAGUGUUUCAGGCUCUCCACAUGCCACAAGCAGUAAUGCUAGUUCUGAACUGAGCGUGAACCAGAAUGGAAUUUGUUUAGAUAGCAGUGAAGUAGAUGAUGAUAUUGGCAGUGAGAGAUGUGGUCAAUCCCCUGCUAGUGUUCGGGGAAGGUAAACCUUUUGCACUUAGGGGAAUUCUGCGUAUUUAAUAGCACCAGUGUUCUUAUCCUAGUUUCAGCCAUAGCGGAUUUGCGUUGUAGAUCAGCUAACCACGCUUGUACUAAUUAAUGUAAAGCUUCUUGGAAGCGAUGUAACCUCGUGUAAUGGGAGGUACUCUGAUUUUAAGUUAGAUGAUGGGUUAUCUGUUGUAGCGGUAAUGCUCAUUUUUUGAAACAAA